GCCAUACCCGCCAUUCCCGGAGUACACGGUGUAUUCCCAGUCAAAUUCAACGUACUUUAGUAAUGCAUUCAUGCAAUACCCGCUAUAUCCGCCUUAUCCGGAGUGCACGGUGUAUUCUAAGCAGAGUUGAUGUGUUUAGUUGAUGAAUUCAUGCAAUAACCGCUAUACCCGCCAUAGCCGGAGUAUCCGGUGUAUUCUAAACAAACUUGAACGUUCUUUGAUUAUGAAUUCAGUCUCGACCUCAUGCUAAAUCUAUUCCAUUCAACAAUUCUAUGACAUUGUUAGUAACUGUAAGUUUCUUACGAUUUAAAAAUCGUUCAAUUUUGUUUUGAAUUCACCGUGUACUCCGGGAAUGGCGGGGACAGCGGGUAUUGAUGGGAUUUAUCUCUCUGACUUGUUGUUUUUGUUGUUAGUUGAUUAUUUACUUUUAAUUUAAUACGAAUUCUCAGUCUUGGAACCUGUGUUCCUGUUCAUAUUUGGCAAUAGUUCAGCCUUUUGCUGUUGCCACAGGUCUUCGGUUGAUGCUUGUCAUUCGUUACUAUUUGUUUACCACUGCCAUACUGUACUGCAUUCAUUCAAAUUGGUUUGAUUUCUGACAAGGAAAAGUGUUUUUCUCCUAUUUGAAUAAAUAGGCGGUGUUCCGAUACGUACAGUUCCUCAUUUUUUGAGACGCGCGUUCACAAUUAUCGGUUCAUUUUAAUGAAAAUAUCCUUUUGAGUUUAGUUUUUGGAUGCAAAUCGAAAGAGCAAUGCCUCACGAACAUUUAGAGUGCUAAAAAUCCCAAGUGCGACUGACCGUUAAAAUCUGCCAGCGAGACGAAAGGCAGAGGAACAAAAAUUUGGGAAACGAUCAUAUACGUUUCCCUAAUUUGAUUAUUCUGCAUUUAAUUUCGGUAUGCGCAACGAUAGAACGCCAAAGUUACCGUGAUACUGCUUGAGGUAGUUUAUGAGGGCUUGCUCUAUUCGCGUUUGAGGUUUAUUUUGAUUGAGCUACACACGAGACGUUUUAAAAUUCGAAAACAGUUCCGCGUGUUUUUUGUUGUGUUCCUAUAUCCGCGAAAGGAACUGAAUAAAUUAUCACUUAACGGAACGGUUGUUCCGUUUAGAGGUGAAGAAUCGGAACGCUUAUGGCACGCUUCGGAACAAAAGGACUUGUUUGUACAAUGAAGAACAAAAUGUUCCCUUUUCGAAGUCCACAAAGGAACUGUUGGUCCUAAUUGAUGCAAUUAGGAACAACAGUUCCUUUUUUGACGCGUUCCCAAUUGAGGACCACCACUCAAAAAGAACAAAAGUUCCUGUUUGCUACGGUUAAUAGACUUAAAAGGGAACGCCUGUUCCUAAGUGGUUAAAAGUAUAGGAACAGUGGGACCGAUUUGGCCUAAAUGGUGCCGUUUCUUUGCGAAAAGGAACAAAAAAAGGGCCACAAUGGACCGAAGUGGGGUGUUCCCUUUUUCGAAAACAUGAACAAAAGUUCCGCAUCUAUGGUUUUGUUUCUCAAUCUCAAAAGAUAUGAUCUUUCAAAGCGAUGCCUAGACUCGCACAAGCUGUGCAAAAGCAAGGGCAUGCCGAGGCUUGCUUGGGCAUGCCAUUUUGGUUUAUCGUGCCCCCAACCAAUAGACUGCUGCCACUAUUUCGAGGCUGUCGCGUGGCAGUGAUUGAUUGGCUCUUUUCACGUAUUUGAUAGCAUUAAACAUGCGGUACGCCGCAUACGUUUCUCAUUCUCGCAUUAACCGUUGCUGACAAGAGAUGGUAAAGCAGGGUAAUGUGAUAAACUGGUCGCUUCUUCCAAAUGCUGCGAAGAAACCAAAAAGAAUGCACUUAGAAGAAGACGAAAAUGACGGGCUGUUUCACUGCCCUGUACCAGACUGCCAUAACGAUGGGUUUGGAACUCAAAGAGGGUGUAGAAAACACGUCAAGAAAAAGCACCCAUGGUUUUAUUACUUUGAUGAGAAACCCAGCGACUCAGACAUCGAAGCUUCCCGAAGCCAAAUGGAAAAGGAGAAGGGGCAACGACGUUCAAGUAAUGGCGUCCCAUCGUUUGACAUGUCUUGCACGUUUGCUGAGCAAUUUACCGCGUGGCUCAAGGGCAGUGGUGGGGGCUGCAAAAGUGAUCGACAAGCGCAGCAACUGGUUAGCAAAUGCUUGAAGUUUCUGAAAUUUUGCAGCGAGGACGAAGAUCAUCUCACAUUAGAUAUUGUGGACUUUUGCUUGUGUUCGCCUAAUCUACUUUUCAAAUUUGCCGAUUCAAUGCAGAGCGAGUGGCAGUUGGGUCAUGCCGGUCGAAUCGGAUACCUGGACGCCAUUGCAGAACUAGUGACCUACAGGAAAGUAAACGGAGUAUCGGAAGCGGUGCUUAGAGGGCUGUCUACGACGGACACAUACUUGAAAAAGGUGCGUAAGACCGUCUCAAAAAUGAUGCGACUACAGUGGACUAGCGAUUUAGACAUCGAUGUGCUAGAGGCCAAAGGGCACUGGGCAACCAUGGACGAGCUCCUUGGUGUGGUGUCUCGCUACUUGCCCCGCUACGAGGCCGUGCUGAGAACGUGCAAGGACACGCCCGACAGGGCGUCUCCGUUUGAUCUGUCGUUUGCCACUAAAUUUCUCGCCGUUUAUCUGUUUAUCCAAGUCAAGGGCUCGCGGCCAAUGACGUAUCAGUAUCUGACUGUGGACAUGGUGCGCACUGCCAAGACUAACGGAGGUUUUGUCGACCAGAAAAUGUUCAAAACAGCGGGCAAGUACGGCUUCGACUCGCUCCUUCUGACCGACACAAACAUGAGUGUGCUCGAGGGAUACAUAACCUACAUUCGCCCGCUACUCAAACCCAAGUGUGAGUACGUCCUAGUUACGAGAAACGGGGGUCAGCACAACAAGCUCGGUGAGCUGAUGAGCAAACUUGUGUUUGAAGCGACUGGCAAGUAUGUUCACCCCACACGAUACCGACAAAUCGUCGAGACGUCUAGCUGCAAAGUGCUAAAAAGUGCCGAUCGAAGCGCCAUCUCUGAAGAUCAGAAGCACAGCUCGAACGUCGCCAAAGUGCACUAUCGCAAGCAGCGUUCACGCGAAGUCGCCACAAAGGCGCGCGAAUGCCUCGAAAAACUACACGGCGACAGUGGCACCAAGCUGGACAAAGAGGUUCUAACGAGGCUCUCCGACCUUUCAAACUCUUCAGAGGAUCAAGACGACUGCACGAAGUCGUGCUCUUCAACGGACGAAGUUCAAGAAAUCUCCACACCGCCAGCAGCGAGAAUGAAGCCUUCAGCCCGAAAACUACCGGCAAAGCAGAAGCGCGAAGACGCUUUUUUGAUGACAGAACUGUGCCCGGCUCGCAGAAAAUCGCUCCUAUUUACGCCCGAAGAGGACAAGUAUCUUAAAGUUGGUCUCAAAAGAUACGGGUUCGGACAGUGGACUUCGAUCUUAAGAGACCCCGACUUCCAUUUCCAAAAAGGGAGGAGCCCCAACUCGUUGCUCAAUCGAGCAAACAGAAAAUACGGCACCAUGGAUAACCACUUAGUGGACAGGAAAGGCUAGGUGGGACAUGAUGUACUUACAGUCAUUCUAAUUUUGGCGUUUCGACAUGUUUCUUUGUAUUUAGUAAAACUGAAUGUAUCACGCCACAAGAUCGGACUAACAAGCGUCUUACAAAGUGUGCAUUACGAAUACCCUUAAUUGUAUUUGUGUAGGUAAAAUACCUUUAAUCUCUUAAGUAAUCUUGACAAUUGGUAUCAUUACGUAGCGUUGUGCGUAUAUGAAGGCACACGACUUUAUUAAGACUUUAUGGCGACUUUGUUAUACAGAGUAUCAGGAAGAAUAUCGCGUUUACAGAAUAUUAAAAAGAUUAAAUUUGGCUGAGAAAACCGUUCAGUCUUGUUUGCCCUUUGUCUGUCGGUUGCGGUUUACGAAACUUGAGUCGGUUGCGUCGUCCCUUGGGUGUCUGGGUGAGGGAACGGCGCUUGGCCGGUGUAGUAAAUGCCAUAUAUUCUAUCCCUGGUGAUUCCCAUCUGUCUGGUUUUGGGCUCCAUGAUGGGGUCUUUGGUAUCUAAAAAAGCGUGAAAGGCUCGAAUAAUUUGAUCAGCAAAAAGGUAACAAAAACACAUGUUUACCUCUGGCAUAUCGUCACUUGAGCCUUGGCGAGGAGGGGUGUGUGUCUGGGAUGGACAUCCGCUGUCUCGAACCAAAGAAUCUUGGUCUCUGUCUGCCUCAUCGUCGCAGCUUGGUAGCGGAUCCCAUAAGUUUAGCUACAAAUGCGCACAUCGUUGGUCGAGGAGCCCCCAGCUGAUUCACGCCUUCCGUCUUUCCUCAAUCGCCGUCUCGCAAGCCAGAGUUCGAGUGUUGGUAUGCUGACUUUUGAGCUUGUCGCUAACAAGUUGCACAAACGCUUUAGCGCUUUUCAACGCCUCGUUCUCCGAGAUUGAUUGCAAUCUCGACGAACAUCGGUGCAGCUCAGUCUCAGUCGCUCGCACCCAAUGGCUCUCGAAUGCCGCUCUUGCCAUGACUUUCCUUUUCUCAGCCUCAGACUUCUGGUGAUCCUCUCUAAUCCGGCCUAGUUCCACGAUUAUUUCCUCGGGCAUUGCAUCUUCGGGGUCUUCCGGUAAUAAUUCCAGCAAGUUGUGUGGAACUCCCAGAUCCACCAGCCUUUACUUCGGCUUUUCAGCAUUUUAGAUUUACGGGCCUUGUUUAGUUGCUGGUGCAAACUCCUCUCUCCUUUCAUCUUCUCUAGUAAAAUGUUGAGCUGUCGCUUUCGCAUGCUGAAAGGCCGGCAGUUGCGAUACUCAGCUUGUUGAACGUCUCUGCGUCACUGCCAGAAUAGUUAUCCUCGUCUCCAUCUAAAAAGGUAAUCUGGCAUGCAACCCAGUAGGAAAUCGCAGGAUAUAUUUGCUUCCCCGGCGUAGAAACUUGAGAUGCAACGACCGUCUCCUCGUCAUCUCGUCCUGACUCUUCGUUUGCUGCCUG